AACCCCUCCUGUGGCACUCGCUAGCACUACCAUGGUCCCCGUAGCGCACACAAUACGGCAAAUUUAUCAUGACUGUCGCGGGCGCAACUAAAAACACCGAAGAUGCCCGUGGCUGAAUAUCUGAAUCGUUAGACAACAGCAAAGCGUCAGUCUUUGUUCUAUCCAUUUUUUUUUUAUUUUUUAAAUUAGUUUCACCAUGGGCUGUCCAAUUUCAACACUUGCCUCCAAGCCAGCUGUGGACACUUCGGAGGAGAUAGCUUUGGUGAACCUUACGGACAGUCAGAAGGAAAUAAUAAAGGAGUCGUGGAGUAGCAUUCAGCGGGACAUAACCCGAGCAGGCAUCAUCCUGUUCGUCAGAUUGUUCGAGAGCCACCCGGAAUGCAAAGAGGUGUUCUUUGAGUUCCGUGAGGUGGAUGAUGUCGAAAUGCUUCGCGUCAACAAAGAGCUGCGAGCCCACGGGUUGAGGGUGAUGUCCUUCAUUGAGAAGAGCGUGGCUCGACUUGAUGAACCUGAGCGAUUGGAGAAGCUGGCCUUUGAUCUGGGGAGAAAACACUACAACUACAGAGCCAUUCCCAAAUACUUCAUGUAUGUCAUGCCCGAGUUUAUCCGAGCCAUCCAGCCAAUACUGAAGGGCGACUUGACCCCGGAGUUGGAAGAUGCUUGGAAGGCACUCUUUCUGUACCUGACUGGGAUGAUGAGGCAGGGCUACCUGGAGGAGGAGAGGAGGAAGACUCAUGCAAGAGGCCCCCCCAGCAUCCCCUCAUCAUCUGUCAGGAGCCACCAUGCCAUCUGAAGACCCUCACACCACCACAGCACACACAGGCUAGAGCUACACCCAGCAUAGAGAGACCUGACUGGAGCCACCAUGCCAUCUGAAGACCCUCACACCACCUGAUGGUAGAUUCUAGCCGACAGACUAAACUGUAACUGACACCUACUGUAUGCAUCCAUCCAAUGAUGCAUCCAUCUCCAUUCAUGUCAGUGCUUAGAGCUUACAAAUGCUUACAACUCAAUCCACUACCUAUUGACUUCCACGCCCACAGAAAUUAUUAGAGGGUUGUGCUAACUGGUUAUCAAAUAUAGCUAAGACUGAAGCUCUUCAUUUGUCACCUCCACUGGUUUCACAAUGUCAUUACUCAACCAUAUGUCUUAAUGGGUGCAGUUAAUCAGGAUCAAAAUACACACAUACACACACACACAUCACACAACCAUUUUCACAAACCAACCAUUUUUUACCUCCAUUGCAUCUUAGCAGCUAAAGCUAACAGCUAAUCAGCAGAACCGCUCAAAUCAAUACCAUAUAUUCAUUACAAAACACUGACCAGUGAUACUAUAUAGUAAUGGUCCAAUGGUGAGUUAGACUUUUCCAAUACUGAACUGAACUCAUUAUGCCCAGGAUAUUUCACUAGGUUUCAUUUUGUAUUUUAUAUAUUUUUUAAAUACUUUUAUUUCCAUUCAGUUGUCUUAUUUAUCUGCAUUGUGUGGAUACAGAUGUACCGGUAGAUGAUGUACCCUGGUGGUGUGACACAUCUCAUAAAACCUCUUGUAAGUUGAUUUUUUUUGUGACUUGUGUAGAGUGAGUAGGCUAGUAGAUCAGCUCUUCUAUACUGAUGGUCCACACACAGUCUAUUUCACAGCAUUGAGACCAGUGCUUUUGUUCCUUCACUUAUCUUUUUCAUUUUAAUCCCUUGGCUACUGGCUGAUAUUUUGGCUGUCAAGUCAAUUGUGUAUUUUGGAAGUGCAGUACACUGAAAUGACGUCAAUUUUUUUCUCAAUCUUACACAACUAAAAAUGAAUGAAAUCCCACUCUAUGCUUUACCUUAGUUAUUCCAAUAUUAGAAUUUGCAGUGGUAUUGUAAGAAUCUUUGUUUUUAUUCAUAAAAAUUGGCAUUUAUGUCUUCAACAUAUGCCCUCAUAUUUUAUCCUUGACUGUGAUGUAACAGUUUGUAUCAAUAGUAUUUGUAUAGGUCUUAUAUAAAAGUGAAAUAAAUGUUUA